AUCGUGUAGCGUUGGCCACUUCAUACGGUAUCCGGCUUCCGUGUCCGCUACUCUGACCAUUGCACACCUCCUCACACCCGGAGAACUACCAUGAGUGAAGGCGAACGCAUUUAUGCAGCCAAAGCUCCGUUCGAUAAACACAGCGCCGACUUGGUACUUCGCUCAUCGGACAACGUCAACUUUCGUGUACACAAGCAAGUGCUAUCCCUCGUGUCGGAUUUCUUCGAUUCCAUGUUAUCCGUACCACAACCAACCCAAGCGGAGUCACAGGACCUGGACGUUUACUCUGGACUCCCUCUUGUGCGUGUCACAGAGAAAAGUUGGACCCUCGAUCGUCUUCUGCGCUUCUGCUAUCCCACAGCAGACCCGGAGUUCAGGACAGUCGCUCACAUCCGGCCCGUGCUGAUGGCGGCGGCGAAGUAUCAGAUGGACGAAGUGAUAUCGCUUUCGGAGAAACAGCUGUUCCUCCUCGAGGACUCGCCACUUCAUGUGUACGCACUCGCGUGCGAGUUCAAUCUCGAGAACGCCGCCAAGGCUGCCGCAGAGCGAUGUCGCGCCCGGGCCAUGCGCCCUAUCCAUGGCACACCCGGGUUGGAUGGAGUCACGGCGGGGCAGAUUUACCGGCUUCUCCAAUUCUGCAGUCAAAAACCUGCCUCCAAAACUGCGAAAGCCAGCGCUCAACGGACACCCUCAUUCAAGUUCGCAUCUUGUGUACAGCGACAGUCUUCCGUUCUGUCCUGCUCGUAUGCGAAGUCCAAGGCCAACCUCCUUGAGUUCAAACCACACGCUCAUGCAGAUAUGGUCAUCCUGUCGAUGGACGACAAACAAUUUCACGUCAAUCGCUACAUCGUGUCACUGGCGGCACCAAGCUUCUUCGACCAUCAUCGACCAAUUGCAGGUCCAUCCUCCGCUGGCUUGCCAGUCUACAGAUUCGCUGAGAACAGCGAGAUGACCCUCAUCCUCCUCAGACUCAUGUAUCCUCUACCAGAACUGGGUCUCACCGACAUAGACGUUCUCGGCGCCGUCACAGCGGCAGCGGUCAAGUACAACAUGCCAAAGGUCAUCGAGACCUUGAAGCGUAGAUGGACAGACCAGUUGGAAACUGCACCUCUUCGGGUCUACUUCACCAUGAUGCGCUACGGAUGGGAGCGCGAGGCGGAGCGCGCUGCAGUUUUGGCAUCAUACACCAAGAGCGAUCUAUAUGUCCCAGAAAUGGAGCAGGCAUCCGGUGAUGCCUACCUUCGCUUCCUAUUCUUCCGCCUAUCCAAUCGCAUGGUCGUGUUCCUCCUGUCCAAACUUCUACUACCCCCCGGGCUUCACCGCGACGUCGCUUGGGACAAAACGAGUUUGAACCCGCUGUACUGGAGGCUGGACUGUGAGGAGUAUGCGAACAAUGCAGACAGAUUUGUUUUGGAUGUCAUGGAAAGCGUCCCCAAGCGCGGAUGGCAGGAGAGUUGUACCCAUGUGCUGCUUGCUCUACGACCUAGCAAUAACCGGAGCAGCAGCACGAUUAGACUAGACGAGGAUUUCCUAGGUAAACUCGUGGUUUUUGAACAGAAGGUCAAACGGGGAUUGCAAUAUGUAAAGUUUUGAAGUUGUGGUCUGCUUUACUCCGUGAUCCUAUCUUGAAAAAGUCUCAAAAACUACACGAGUUCGCGCAUGUCGAUGUACUCAUUUGUACAGUACAG